GCCUUUUCUCCCUGGCUAGAGUUGGUGAAGCCCAACUCCUUCCUUCUCGUCCUGUAAGUAAUGGAAAAGUUUGAAACACUCUCACUCCAGUAGAGCUCAGACCAGCUAUCACUAAUUCUCGUGUGUUUGUCAAAAUUUCUAAGAUGGUGCGGGAACAGUACACAACCUCCACAGAAGGCACCCCCAUAGAGAGGCCCGAGAACCAGUGUGUCUACAAAAUUGGCAUUUAUGGCUGGAGAAAGCGUUGCCUCUACUUAUUCGUUCUUCUCUUACUCAUCAUCCUUGUUGUGAAUCUUGCUCUUACGAUUUGGAUUCUUAGAGUGAUGUGGUUUUCUCCAAUAGGAAUGGGUCAUUUGCAUGUAACAAAUGAUGGACUUCGCCUGGAAGGAGAAUCAGAAUUUUUAUUACCAUUAUAUGCCAAAGAAAUACGCUCCAGAGUGGACUCCUCUCUGCUUCUGCAGUCAACUCAGAAUGUUACCGUCAAUGCACGCAACUCAGAAGGGGAGGUCACAGGCAGGUUGAAAGUGGGUCCUAAAAUGGUAGAAGUCCAGAGUCAGCAGUUUCAGAUCAACUCCAAAGAUGGAAAGCCACUCUUCACUGUUGAUGAAAAGGAAGUUGUGGUUGGCACAGAUAAACUUCGGGUGACUGGGCCUGAAGGAGCUCUUUUUGAACACUCGGUGGAGACACCCCUUGUCAGAGCCGACCCAUUUCAAGACCUUAGGUUAGAAUCCCCCACACGGAGUCUGAGCAUGGAUGCCCCGAGGGGGCUUCAUAUUAAAGCUCAUGCUGGGAAAAUCGAGGCACUUUCUCAAAUGGACAUCAUUUUUCAGAGCAGUGAUGGAAUGCUGGUGCUUGAUACUGAAACCAUUUGUCUACCCAAGUUGGUACAGGGGACUUGGAGUCCCUCUGGUGGCCCGGAGGGACUCUAUGAAAUCUGUGUGUGUCCGGAUGGGAAGCUCUAUCUGUCUGUGGCUGGUGUGGAUACCACAUGCCAGGAACACAGCCACGUCUGUCUCUGAACCACUGCCUCUUCCACAGACCGCCUGCCUUGUUUCCCUGAGAAGUGUGGCCUUGAACCUUUCCACUUAGGGGGCAGCCAGACAUCCUGCAAGACUGAGACAGGAUGAGAACUGGGAGGAGGACAGGCUUUCCAGAGGAAUGCACCAAAAACAAAACAACAUGAUCUCCAGGUGACCUGUGGAUGUUAGAUACAAAAAAUCAGAAUGUCAGAAGAAUGUUUAUUCCACUGGAUUCAUUUUCAUCAGAACAAUUGGGACUUUUCCUAGCCCUCUUCUCCAUCUCUCAUACAUGUCAAUGUUCAACAAAAUGUUGAAUUUUGGUGUGGAAUUAAUUUAUAAUGUUCAACAGUGGAUAUCUAACUCUUCACAAAAGUAGAACUGGUCAAUACAAAAAUGUCCCAAGUUCUAUACAGCGUCUCCUUCUUCCUGCAGCUUCAUACAGUGUGUCAGGCUUCACAAGAAAAUAUUCAGGUUUCAAUGGUGAUUUGAGGUUGAUCUGAUUUACAAUAUGUAGUCAAUUGAAUAAAUUACAAAAAAUAAGUUAUUUUAUAUAUAUAUAGUCAAUUAGCAAUAAAAAUCAACCUACAUAUUUCAGACUCCAUGGUUCUUACUUUCUUUAAUCCCUACAAACAAUUCUUUGAGGUUAGUAAUAUUCUCCCUCAAGGUACUGAUGACAAAGACUCAGGGCAAGUCACAGGUCACAGAGAACUACUGGAAUUGACCCAAACUAUGACCCAAAUUUUGCAUAGCUGUUUUCUCUGGAAACACUGAUAUAUUCCCAUUCUAUCCCAAACACCAGACUAUAUGACAACUGUACAAAUGAGACAGUGCCAAUUGGACAAAUAAAGAAACUGAAUCCCCAA